AGAAUGGGAAUUGAUAUUUCUCUUUCUAUCUAUACCUGUCAAUUUCUUGCGUCUAUUUACACUUUAGUAGUAUCUAGAGAGAAACCCCUAAAGGUGGUAGCUUGGUUCCUUCACGAAACUAUGUUGUGGCUAAGUGGUGAGUCAUAGAGUUUUCCCCUAAAGUUCGUUUCUUGCAUUACACAAAUCAAACUCAUGGGAAACAAAAUCCCAAAUGAAUCAGAGCAACAAAACCACCCACUGAUACAGUCAACUCAAUCGUCACAACCACAAUUUCAACCAAACACCAUCUCUUUAUUCCAACAAACAUGUUCCGAAUCAAACAAACUAUGGCACAUUGCUGCCCCUUCCAUCUUCAGCCGUCUCACCAUGUUCUCCAUCACAGUCGUCACUCAAUCCUUCGCCGGCCAUCUCAACGAUCUCGACCUCGCCGCCAUUUCCAUCGCCUGCACCCUCCUCAUCUCCAUCCCUUUCGGUUUCUUGCUUGGAAUGGCGAGUGCUCUUGAGACCCUUUGCGGCCAAGCUUACGGAGCAGGACAAAACCACAUGUUGGGUGUUUAUCUACAACGUUCUUGGGUUGUUCUUUUCUUGUCUUCAAUUUUGUUGCUACCCAUGUUUGUGUUCGCAACACCUAUGUUGAAGUUCAUAGGACAGCCUGUUGAGGUUGCGGAGCAAGCGGGUUUGGUUGCGAUUUGGUUGAUUCCGUUUCACUUGAGUUUCCCAUUUCAAUUCACUUUGCAAAGAUUCUUGCAGUGUCAGUUGAAAACCGCGAUUAUAGCAUUGGUUUCAGGAGGAGCACUUGUGAUUCAUGUGAUAUUGAGUUGGGUGUUUGUUUAUAAGAUGAGAGUUGGGAUUGUUGGGAUUGCUCUUACUAUUGAUUUCUCUUGGUGGGUCUCGGUUUUGGGAAUGCUUUGUUAUACGCUAUUUGGUGGGUGUUCAGAUUCGUGGACUGGUUUUUCUGUUGAAGCUUUUGUUGGUCUUUGGGAGUUCUUUAAACUCUCUUUGGCUUCCGGUGUCAUGCUUGCGUUAGAGAAUUUCUAUUACAGAUUGUUGCUUAUAAUGUCUGGUUAUAUGUACAACUCUGAUGUUGCAAUCGACGCGCUUUCGGUUUGUGUAACUGUUUAUGGUUGGGAAUCCAUGAUACCGCUUGGUUUUUUGGCUGCAACCGGGGUACGAGUAGCAAACGAGCUUGGCGCAGGCAAUGCAAAAGGGGCGAAAUUUGCGACAAUGGUUUCGGUGGUAAAUACAGUAUUGGUGGGUUUCAUAUUUUGGUUGAUAAUUGUGGCCUUUAAUGAGAAGCUUGCUUUGAUCUUUACAUCAAGCUUAUCUGUAAUCCAAAUGGUCCAUGAACUAUCAUUCUUGUUGGCUUUUACCAUUCUUCUUAAUUGCAUUCAGCCUGUUCUUUCCGGUGUAGCUGUUGGAUCUGGUCGGCAAGCAGUAGUGGCUUAUAUAAACAUUGGCAGCUACUACUUAGUCGGAAUACCUUUUGGGUUUCUCCUAGGUUGGCUGCUACCAUCCGGGAUUGUUGGUAUGUGGAUUGGAAUGAUGAGCGGAACGGUGGUUCAAACAUUGAUCUUGGCCAUUAUCACGUCGAGAUAUGAUUGGGAAAGAGAGGUACGGAAUGCACAGAUUCUUGUUAAGGACGACGAAACAUCCAACCAAUAACGAAGGACAUAUACUCUCGGUUUUUAGCAUGUUGGAGAUGAAAGUUUCGUCAUAAAAGUGUUAUUUGUUCAUCAACAGGUUUUCGUCUUUGUCUUUUUCUAGGGAGCAUGACGUGGGAUUAGUGUUGCUAGUACUUUUGACUUUUCCAUAUCUAAAAAUUACUUGAACGGUCAUAACAUGCUCUAGGAUAAAUCCAAGAGGAUGAUCAACAAAUACCUCUUCUUGAAUGUUUCUGUUUAGAAAUGCACUCUUUAUAUCCAUUUGAAAUAGUUUGAAAUUCAUGAUGCAUGAGAAAGUUAAUAACAUUAUUAUGGCAUCUAAUCUAGCCACAUGAGUAUAAAAUUCAUCAUAAUCUAUUCUCUCUUGUUAAUUAUAUCCUUUCGUAACUAGUGUGACUUUCUUUCUCAAAACAUUUCCUUCUUGUCGCGAAAGAUCCAUCGGAUUCAUAUGACUAGACUAGAUGAAGCUUUGCGAAGAGAGGUUGAUUGGCUGGAAGCCUCCAUGCUUGGUUGGGGAAUUGUCAUCUCUUAUAGGAAAUUUCUGCAAGAAAUUAGGCCGAAGCAGGGGUAUAAGAAAAAACCCGACAAUCUUAAAUGCUAAAAUACGUCAAUUAUAGAAUAAUCUUCCCCUUAUUUUGUGUUUGCAUCAAUUUAGCUCCUAACAAUGACAACUCUUUAUUGCGCUAAUUAUUGCAAAUAUUUUGGUGAAUUGAAGAUUUUGGACAAGAAUAAGAUUUUUUGGUAACCUUUGAAGUGAUAGGAUUUUCUCAGAGCACAUAAUUUUUGUUUUCUCUUCCUUUUUAAGUCCCUUCCUUUUCUAUUUUUUUUAAUACUUUUAUUUAUUUCUUCCUUAAAUUUUUUUACUUAUUUUCUAUUUCUCCACUAACCUUGUCCUUUCAACUCACUUACCCCGUAACCUCUACUUUAUUUUUAAUUUAUUAAAAUAAAUUUAAGACAUAAUUACAUCCUUUAUGUUUUUUAACAAUUUGAUCCUUUAAGUUUUUUUUAAUAACUUGGUCUUUGAAGUUUUUUUUUUUAAUAAUUUGGUCCUUUAAGUUUUUUUUGUUGAAUUAGGAUAUGACUUUAUAUUUUUUG